UAAAAAAGAAAAACAUAUGGACCUUAUCUUUUUCAGGUAGGAUCUUGAUCUUCAACCUCAACCUCUUCCCUUCUCUAUCACUCUGACUGUGAACCCCAUAUGCAGAGACAGAGAGUAUGGCCUCCACACUCAGUCUUAUCAAGCUUCCCAUUCUUUCAAGCAUAAAGCCACGCCAAUCAACCUCAAAACAUGUUGUUCCACUUCCAUCCAAAUUCCCACAAAAGUUUUCAUUAGAUCAUCAAAUUAAUAUCAAACAAACUUCUCUUCUAUCCCUCACAGCAAUCACAUUUCCAUUCUUAUUGGAUACCAAGGAUGCACUUGCUGCCGGUGGAGAGUUUGGGAUAUUUGAAGGAAGGACAUUUGCUCUCAUUCAUCCCAUUGUGUUGGGUGGUUUGUUUUUCUAUACUCUAUAUGCUGGCUAUUUGGGGUGGCAAUGGCGACGAGUUAGGACUAUUCAGAAUGACAUUAAUGAACUCAAGAAACAACUCAAACCUGCUCCUGUCACCCCUGAUGGUAAAGCACUUGAAACUUCACCAGCAUCACCCGUUGAACUUGAAAUUCAGAAACUUACUGAGGAGAGGAAAGAGCUUAUCAAAGGUUCAUACAGGGAUAAACACUUUAAUGCUGGAUCCAUACUUCUAGGAUUUGGUGUCUUUGAGGCUGUUGGUGGUGGACUCAACACAUGGUUAAGGACAGGAAAGCUAUUUCCAGGUCCACAUUUAUUUGCAGGAGCAGGCAUUACCGUCUUAUGGGCACUGGCAGCAGCUCUAGUACCACCGAUGCAGAAAGGCAGUGAAACAGCCAGAAAUCUUCACAUUGCGCUGAAUACAUUGAAUGUUCUUCUCUUUAUGUGGCAGAUUCCCACUGGACUUGAUAUUGUAUGGAAAGUGUUUGAGUUCACAAAAUGGCCUUGAAUGUAUGAUUCUGGUAUGUAAGUAAGCUCCCAGGUUUGAUUAAAGGGACAUCAUGGAUACGGGUCGAGUUCAAUUAUAGAGAUGAGGCGGAUUGUGUGCAUCCCCUGUCUUAAGGCUUGCCUCUUGUUGUGUGCAUUUGAGUAAGAAAUGUUGAACAAGAAUGAUCCAACCUCAAUAAUGUAUCUUGGAAGAAAGUAUCUGCAAACUUUCCUUCUUUA